UACUUAUGUUAUGCACGAAGUUUGAAAAAAAUAAAGCUACAAAAAUUUAUUAUAUAUAAUUUUUCUCUACAUGCUUAAACUUAACAUUUUUAUCGGUUACUCAAAGACACUCCUUCAAUAUUUAGACUAUAAAUUUUAAUUUAAUACUGUAUAAUUUUUAAAAUUUGGUCAAACACCAUCAUGGGAAGGGGUAUAGUAUAUAAAGGUCAAUGAAAAUGUCUCAUUUGAUACAUACAUCUGAUGUAUCAACUGAAUUGUGGAAAAUUAUGAACCAUGUCAAAGAACCCUCACACUCUUCUUCAGGGUGUAAUUUCUCUACUCAAUUUCAAAGUUCACAACAAAUGGAUUGGAUCAGGGUUCAAGAUUCUCUAAAGGGACGACUGAUUACUGAAGAUGACUUCAAAUGGAGAUUACCCACAAGAGAAAAAGAAGGGAGCUGUGAAAUACUGAAGUAUGUUGGUGGGGUUGACUUAAGUUUCUCAAAAGAUGAUUCAUCUAUUGCCUGUGGCACCCUUGUUGUGUUGGAUUUGCAGACCCACAAAGUUGUUUACGAAGAUUCUUCUAUUGCUAGGCUUCACAUUCCAUAUGUUCCUGGCUUCCUUGCUUUCAGAGAGGCUCCUGUUCUUCUGGAACUUUUGGAUAAAAUGAAGAACAAUGCUCAUCCUUUCUACCCGCAGCUAUUGAUGGUUGAUGGCAAUGGAUUGCUUCAUCCUCGAGGUUUUGGCUUGGCUUGUCAUAUUGGUGUCUUAGCUGAUCUUCCUACUGUUGGAGUCGGAAAGAAUUUGCACCAUGUUGAUGGUCUUACACAAUCUCGGGUAAGAGAACUCCUUCAAUCAGCAGACUCUCCUGAAAAUAUCUUGCCACUAAUUGGGGACUCCGGAUGUACGUGGGGAGCGGCAAUGCGAUCAUCUCAGGGCUCUUUGAAGCCCAUAUUUAUUUCAGUUGGUCAUCGUAUAUCUCUCGCCACAGCCAUUGAAAUUGUGAGGAUGGUAUGCAGAUUUCGUGUUCCAGAGCCCAUCCGGCAGGCUGAUAUAAGAUCAAGGGAAUGCCUGCGGAAUAAUCGAUGAUUUGUGUCCACACUUCUCUCAGUUCUUUGUUAUUUGAUAGGUUCUGAGUAUGAGCAAAUUAUGAUCAUGUUGAUAAUACGAUGCAACCAUAAGUUUUGAGUUCAAGAUUUGUUGAAAUAAAUCAAAUUUACCUUUUUGGUGCUUUA